GGCCUCCGCUAUGAUGUUCUCUUUGCGAUAGCAUCGCGCUCGGAGGAACUAGCAGAAGACACCCAGUCCAGUCCUUAGGACGCAUUGCGUUCUUAUAUCUCCUAAUAUUAAUGACAUAAUUAUUUGCCCUUCUUUUUUUGCAGGACGUUGUCGUGCGAUUAAAAGUAAUAUAUAAGAUGCAGGCGCAAGAUCCUUCGCGCAGCGACUUCGGUCUGCCCUCAAGCCCAAAUUUCCACCACAGUUUGCCGGAGUCAUCAGAGUCACAGUCGCGGCAGAAAUACCGUAUGUUUCAGAGCCUCAUGUCGUUUCGAUCUGAUCGAUCUCGCGGUUCACACAACAAUAAUGCAGCAGCGGCAUUCCAAGAGUCGGAAGAGACGAUCAAUCGCGAACGCAGUCGGGCUACCAGCAACGCGACGGCGACGGCGAGGAGCGCGCGAUGGUGGAAAGUGCGCCUGUUUCGAGGAAUGGUGAAUGAUAUCAAAAGACGAGCGCCAUAUUAUUGGAGCGAUUGGAAGGAUGCGUGGGAUUAUCGCGUCAUUCCUGCUACUGUGUACAUGUAUUUUGCGAAUAUCUUGCCGGCCCUGGCUUUCUCUUUGGAUAUGUUCGAGAAGACCCAUCAGAGCUAUGGAGUAAAUGAGGUUCUUCUAGCGUCCGUACUCGGUGCUGUUGUGUUUGCUCUCUUCGCAGCGCAACCGUUGGUUAUCGUCGGUGUGACUGGUCCUAUUACUGUCUUCAAUUACACUGUCUACGAUAUCAUGACUCCCAGAGGCACCAAUUAUCUGGCCUUUAUGUGCUGGAUCGGACUCUGGUCUCUUGUGAUGCAUUGGUUCCUCGCUAUUACGAAUGCUUGCAACGGCCUAAAAUACGUGACACGUUUCCCAUGCGAUAUUUUUGGAUUCUACGUCGCAUUUAUCUAUCUCCAGAAAGGCAUCCAAGUCCUGACCAGACAAUGGGGUUUUGCUGGCGAGACUUCCGCAUUCCUUAGCGUCAUGGUGGCGCUUCUCGUGCUUAUGAGCGGAUGGGUCUGCAACGAACUCGGUAACAGUAGCCUCUUCCAGAGAUACGUGCGGAAGUUUAUCGAGGAUUAUAGCACUCCUCUGGUCAUCGUGUUUUUCACCGGUUUUGUCCACUACGGUCACAUGAAGGAUGUGCAUGUUGAGACUCUUCCUACGAGCAAAUCGUUCUUCCCGACUUCUGACCGAGGCUGGUUUAUUCAUUUCUGGGAUAUCAAUGUCGGCGAUGUUUUUUUGGCCAUUCCUUUUGCCAUCUUACUCACUAUUUUGUUUUAUUUCGAUCACAAUGUAUCAUCACUGAUAGCACAAGGCACCGAGUUUCCGCUACGCAAACCAGCAGGGUUCCAUUGGGACUUUUGGCUGUUAGGCCUCACUACUGGCGUUGCUGGACUUCUCGGCAUCCCGUUCCCCAACGGCCUUAUUCCCCAGGCGCCGUUCCAUACAGCAGCACUUUGCGUCACCCGCGAUAUUGCCGACGAGAAUGAAACGAACAAGGGCAAGGCUGUGCGUGUCACAGAUCAUGUCGUCGAACAGCGUUUCAGCAAUCUAGCUCAAGGUCUACUCACUCUCGGCACAAUGACUGGCCCCCUCCUAAUUGUUCUGCAUCUGAUCCCACAAGGCGUGAUGGCCGGACUGUUCUUCAUCAUGGGCGUCCAGGCUCUGCAAGGCAACGGCAUCACGCAGAAACUCAUCUUUUUGGCACAAGAUAGACAGUUCACCCCCGCUUCUAACCCCUUGAAGAGACUCAAACGCCGAAGCGCAAUCUGGGCUUUCGUGAUACUCGAACUGAUCGGUUUUGGGGGAACUUUUGCCAUCACACAAACCAUCGCAGCCAUCGGGUUCCCUGUGAUCAUUCUGUUCCUGGUUCCCGUCCGAUCAUUCCUCCUACCUCGUUAUUUCACUCAAGAGGAACUAUCCGUCCUCGACGCACCGACCGCAAGUCCCUUCACCAUGGAAAGCGUCGGCGGCACUUACGGCAUGGAUGAAAGUAUAACUACCAUAAACGAAGAAGAAGAGCCUCCUAAGCACGGCGGUGGUGUUCUAGGAAAUAAUCCUGGCAUUUUCGAACGCAGCAAUGACCCCCGCAGCUCUUCAGAGUCAUCCGUCGAGGACGGGAUGGAAAGAGGCGAGAUUUACGAAUUACAACCAAAUCCUCAUUCAUCUAUAACGAGGAUAAUAAGUACAAAUGCUGCUGAGGAGGGCCAUUCUCAUCGCGCAUAAAGUCCUGCACUCUAUAUACCCAUGCGCUCGGUUAUGCUUGAUGUAUAUAUCGCGAUAAAAACCUUGUAGAUAGGACCUGAACAUACGAAGUGAUUUGUGUUUGAUUCUAUACUCUAUGAAUCACUUUUAUUCCGAACAAUAAAGAGAUGAGCUGUG